GUGAGGUUAGAAAUGAAUGACAGUUAUCGUGCUGAAAUCACUUCAAUUUAAUGUUAAUAACCGGUGAAAUGAACGCAAAAGGUAUUCUUUUACCUGUGUUAGCGUUAAUAACUGUGUGAUGACUAAUUACAAGUUUUAAAUACCACAAAUGUGUGCAGUGACUUGAAAGUGAGGUUAUUUCGGAACGUCACCAGUGGCGGGGUGUCAUGGGCCGUACUGGGCGCAAACGCGCCAAAUAUUUACACCAGCGUCCCCAACCCUUAGAUCACCAAGAAAACGCAAUUAACUUGAGAAAAUUCAUGACACGCAACGGUUUUCACGACCCAAUUAGCUUAAAACUGCGCAAUUUUCCCGACACUGGUCGAGGGGUAGCAACCCCUCGAAGUCUCAAAGCAAGCGAUGUUUUAAUCACAGUGCCGUACGAACUAAUGAUAACUUACACCACCCUCAAAAAGUCGAAUUUCUUGCACUUGUUUGCCCCCCAGAGUAGACUAUCAAUCCUCGACUUAUUGGCCGCAUUUCUGGUGGUUGAAAGGGGCAAAGAAACCUCAUUUUGGAAGGACUAUAUAAAAUCCUUGCCCCCGCAACCUCCCUGGAUUCCCGCACUCUUGUCACAGGAUCGUGUUGAAUUACUUCCGGUUGAUUUGAGAUUAGCCGCGAAGAAAUCACGAAGACUCCUCGAGGAAAGCUGGUCGAGGGUAAGAAAAUCAAUAAGGGAGGCAAGUUGCGUGAUUGACUUGCAUUCGUUUAUUUGGGGGUACGUUCUGGUCAAUACUAGGGCUGUUUACGUCAACCCUCGAAUUGUUCGCAAAUUAUGCGAUUGCCAGAGUGAUAUUCUAUCAGAUGAGCCCUGUAUGGCCUUGUGCCCCUUUCUGGAUAUGUUUAACCACAGCCAUGAGGCUAAAACUGAAGCCAAGUUGAUUAAUGAAAACGGGAAACUUGUCUACCAGCUAACUACUUUAGGCAAGACGAAGAAACACGAACAAGUCUUUAUUUCAUACGGGGACCAUGAUAAUAUCAAGCUUUUGGUGGAGUAUGGGUUUUUUAUACCGGGAAACUCGAACGAUUCCAUUCCGAUUCAAUCCGAAGAAGUUUUUCAGGUUCUGGGGCUGAAUUUGGACGAUUUUCAGUAUAAAUUUAUUCGUAGUCAUGAAUUAGACAAAUCUUUGUGUAUAAGUGAAGCAGGGGUGUCAUUUAAUUUGAAAGCAUUUCUUUUUGUUGCUUUUGGUACUACUGACUUGAAACAUUUGACUUCUGUUAUUUAUAAUGAUGAUUACCCUAAGAAAUUUCUAGAACAUUAUUUGGUCCAAUUGUGCCUAAGGUUAUUACAGUUUCAUUUAAAGGAAUUAGAGAAAAUUUUGCAAAAUUCUGGCUUAGAUCCUCACAUUAUUGAUUUUUUGGAGUAUCGGAAAUUGUUGAUACAAAAACUCUGUGAUUUAGUAAAUAAACAAUAGAUUUAUUGAUUUCCAACAUGUACAAUAAUAUUUAUACAAUAAAAAUAAAACAAGUGUAUAAUC